AUAAAAUAAUAAAACAAAAUAUAUAUCGUCUCUGUGCUGAGGCUGUAAGUGUAAAAUUUAGCCAGCAAAUUUUAAUUAGCAAAUAUUAACAUUAUUAACUAAGAUGGAAAAUAGCAGCAUUAACAUGCUUAGUAGCAUGUUAGCAUUGCCAUUGUGAGCAUGUUAGCUUGCUGACAUUAGCAUUUAGCUGAAAGCAUCACUGUUCACUGUGGCUGAAUUAUUUUUUUUUAAGGUCCUGAGUUUAAACCCAUUCUGGGCGGAGGCCUCUCUGUACUGGUUUCCUCCCACAGUCCAAAUACAUUCAGGUCAGGUGGACUAGAAACUGAAUUGCACAUAGGUAUUAAUGUUAGUGUGUAUGUGGUUGUCUGUUUAUGUUUGCUUUGUGGUAGACUGACAAGCUGUCCAAGGUGUGACCCUCCUCUUUCCCAAUGAGAGCUGGGAUACGCUCCACCCACUGGGAACACUAAACAGGAUGUGGGUAUUGAUAAUGGAUGGAUGGAUGGAUGGAUGGAUGGAUUAACCUUUUGUUAUGAAAUGCCACUUAAUACUUCCAGGGGGAAAUAUUUUACUUUUUAAUUACAUUACCUACACCACUUAUUAGACAGCUCCAGUUACUAGUUUAUUUUCAGAUUAAGAUUUUGCAUAAAAAUGGGUAAGACUAUGAAAUACUUAGCAUUUAUAUAUUCAGCCAGUGGGUCUCAAUCUUUUUGGCUUGUGGCCCCUCAGAAAAAUGGUGUCUGAUUGGGGCCCCUUGUCAUUUUUUAUUUGUUAGCAGUUCCAUCAAAAAAACAUUUCACUUUAAAACUGCACAGAUAGUUUCUUUUUUAAAUGAACGUUUAUUUUGACUUAUUUAAGCUUCAAACACUUGUGUUUGAAACUUAAUGAGGUCAAAUUCUCCAGUACUUAAUGGAUAAAUUAGGUUUGAGAAAACUCUACAAAAUGAAAAAUCUGUGUAGCAGAACUUUGUUCUUUAUUCUUUCCUCUCCCAUUCAUCCUCUCAUGACCCCUCAGAUUUAUCGUGUGACCCUUUUGAUAGGUCAAAAAUGGGAACCACUGGACUAAACUCAAUAGAUAUAAUUAAAACUAGCUCCACCUUGAUCAGCUACAACAGUGAAAUGUUUCUCGUGUAUUGAGGCGUCAGUAUUAACAAAAAUAAUGUAACAUUUAAUCAUUUAUGCAGAAUAAGAACAUUUACUUGGAUAGUUUCAGUACAUUUUAUUGUACAGGACUUUUACUUGUAAUUGAGUAAUGUUACAUUGUUGUAUUGAUACUUUUAAGUUAGUAAAGAAUUUAAGUACUUAUUCCACCAUCAUAACAAUGCACUAUCUUGGCUGACAGUGCAUUAUUAUUAUUUUUUUUAAUUACAGGCAAAUAAUACUACACACAGCACAGAUGACAACAUGACAUGAUGAUAUAGUCUCACAAAAGGAAAAACAACACAAGAAUGAAACAAACAAAAAAAGUUACACUUAUACAGACCAAAGUGAAUAAAAGAUAGGACCAAAACAAUUAAAAUGACUAAGUUGAUAAUACCAGUAAAAAAAAAGAUAAAUAAAUUAAAUUUAUAUGACAGAGCAAAAUUCAUUCAUUCAUUCAUUCAUCUUCUAACCGCUUCAUCCUCUUGAGGGUCGCGGGGGGGCUGAAGCCUAUCCCAGCUGACAUCGGGUGAGAGGCAGGGUACACCCUGGACAGGUCGCCAGACUAUCACAGGGCUGACACAUAGAGACAGACAACCACUCACACUCACAUUCACACCUACGCACAAUUUAGAGUUAUCAAUUAACCUAAUCCCCAAUCUGCAUGUCUUUGGACUAUGGGAGGAAGCCGGAGUGCCCGGAGAGAACCCACGCUGACACGGGGAGAACAUGCAAACUCCACACAGAAGGGCUCCCACACCCGGGAUCGAACCGGCAACCCUUUUGCUGUGAGGCGACAGUGCUAACCACCAGAGCAAAAUUAUUAUUAUAAAUUCUAUUUAGUUAGAGCAAAUUUUCUCCCUUUUCAUGUUAUGUUGUGCUACUUCGCAAUGAUUUGUAGCAAUACUUUUUCCCAUAAGACAUUGCACAGUAUUUAUUUUAAGGAAAAUUCAAUUUAAAUCUGUUCUGGAUUGAGCUUUAGAUUUAAAUAUAUUACCCAACAGAAUAAUUGUAUUUAUAAUCUGGGGACAGUUUUCAUCCAGGACCCCCAAUAAAAUGUUUACAGGCGUAAGUUCAAAAGAAAUGUUGGGUGGCCCCUGCCAGUCUUAGAUAUCAGUCCACAAACCUGCAACACAAGGGCAGCAGAAAAACAAAUGCAACUUGUCUUCCUCUUCCUCAUUGCAGAAUCUACACAGGGAUGAUUUUUUCAGUGUUAAAUAUAUUAAGUUGUUUUUUAGACACAAUCAUUUUACAGAAGCUCUUCAGUUGAAAGAUCAGAUAGGAUAAGAAUCAAUUGUUGUUUUGUACAUUGAACUAAAACAUAGUUUCCAAGGUAUCGAAAUGACAAAUUCGUCUUCCCAAAAAGAACAGAUUAUAUGAGGGAAAGCAGUAAGAGCACUUCUCUGUACAAUAAAUUUAAAAUCUUUUAUUUAUCUAUAUUUUGAAUGGCCAUUUCUGGCGUCUUGUACCAGAUGCGCACACCAGUUUUUUUAAGUUUCCAUUUCCAGUUAGUUGUGAUAGCUGAAAGCAGCUGAUUGAAAUUAAAAACAGAUUUAACCAUAGACACAGCAGAAUUGACAGUGCACUGUCUAUAUCUUUUUCAAGAUGCAGGAUUAUGUGUCCUCAUUUAAUGCCUGUACCUGGAAAGAAAUGAAAGUCAUUAUCGUUGACUAAAUACUCCAGAGCAGGCCGAGCUUGUCCUACAAGUUCCACUUCAGUGAAGGCAAAACAUGCCUAACAAAAGGCCUAAAAAUGACAAAGAGUGGCAGGACCAGUUUUCCCAAACAAAGAGGAGAAAGGCAGGGCUACAAAUAGUCGACAUAUGUUGACUUCAGUGAAACAGCUAAUGACAGAAUGGAGUCGAGGACACUCAAAGAAAAGGCAGGGCGAGACCGUGGACAUCUAUAAACCUGACAUCAGUUGAUGCAUCAUUUUUAAAACCUGAGGAGGGAGGCAGAUAGGAGGAAGAAGGAAGCGGUAAAUAGGAGAGCACAGGGACAAGGUGUAGGUGAGGAGGGUGGAGUUAAGAAAACACACACACAACGUGGAGCAUAGACAAACAGAGCGCAGCGCAUUGAUCCCCUGAGCCGGACAGGUCGCCUUAGAAAAACAAGACAAUAAAGAUCUGAGCAGCACAACACAUUCAGCUGGGAGGAUGUGUGAAAAGUGCCUGGCCUUGUGAAGGAGGGGAACAUGAGCCUGGAAUAACAGGAUUGGACAUUUUCUUUUGGGAUAUAAAACAUAACUGAAGGAGCUGAGGAUGUCUUCAGUAUCAGAGGCAGACUUCCGCUGCAAACAUGGAGAUACUAUCUGUGAGAUCCGUGUGUAUGAGCAGGAGGUGAUUGUUGUGCCCAUCCUGCUGCUGGCCAGCUUCCUGGUCACCCUGGUCUUCAUUUUGCUGCUGCGCUUUUGUCCGGAGAAAGUCGAUCGCAUCCGUCCGCAGGCCUCAAAGCUGACCACCAGGAGAGUGCUGCAUGGCAUUGAUGCUCCACCAGGUCUCAAUGUCCUGGAGCAUGAAAGCAUCGCUCUGGACAUGCCCAGUACCUACUCCACCUUCCACCCCCCAAACACGUACUACUCCAAAAACCUCUCCACGGCUGUGGACACCCCCCCGCUCCCACCCAGCCCCCCGCCGCAGCCCUACAAGCCCAGUUUCACUCCCAUCGUCCAGCCCAGAGAGCUGCCCCGUCAGAGGCUGCCCGAGUCCUUCAACCUGGUCACCCCCCUGCCUACUGCCUUCUCCCUGCGCUCUGACACCUCUGUGUCCCUCUACAGGGCCCGCAUGGAGAACAGGAAUGUGGUGCUACGAGUCCUAAAUGACUCUGCUGAUGCCACAGAGAGACACAGCUUCCUGGGCUUUGCAUCCUUCCUGGCCCAGCUGGGACCACACCCCUUCCUGCCAGAGCUUCUGGGUGUAGUCUCACUUCGAGCUCCUCUGGUUACAGUGGUGGAAGAGCUGGAGAACAGAGACCUGCUCAGCUACCUGUGGCGAUGCAGACAGGAAAAUGUGGAUCCUCCAUGUGACAUGACAGAGCGACGAAUAUUUACCAUGGCCAAACAGGUGGCCUCAGCAUUGGAGUUCCUUCACAGUAAAGACCUUCUCCACGGAAACAUUCGUGCCCGCAGCGUGCUGGUCUCCAAGGAGCACACGGCCAAGCUUUGGGGCCUGCAUGGUGUCUACACAAGGAAGAACCAGGGAACCACUCAGAGAGACGAUCCCAGCAUGAAGAAGUGGCAGGCACCAGAGCUGUUAGCCAGGAGACCUGCCAGUCAGAGCAGCGACAUCUGGUCGUUUGGCCUCUUACUGUUUGAAAUGGCAACACUAGGUGAAGCUCCAUUUGCAGAAAUCCCAGUUACUGAGCUUCUUCAGUUUCAUCAACGAGGGAAAAGUUUGAAAAAACCCUCCAACUGCUCCAACGCGCUAUACUCCCUCAUUAAGGGCUGUUGCCAGUGGAAGGAUCAGGAUCGACCCACGCUGGCUGAGGUGAGCCGGAAGCUCCUCUCAGGAGAGAAAAGUGCCUCUGACAAAGUCCUCAAGGCGUCCGGGACAAUUAACAUUGAGCAGUACCUGCAGGAGGCAGGAUACGGGGAAGCCAACAGCUACACUGUUUUCUGAUCCGUGCGUGUGCCAGUACAAUAGUUGCACUAUUCUCCUCAGUGAUACCCCAAUGUGCACUUCUACAGAACAAUGUCUUUCAGGUGCAAUAAGUGUGUUUCAGAUUUGGUUAUUCAUUAUAUACAUUCUCCUACAUCCGUUUCACACAAUGGAAACAAGAAAAAACUGUUUACUGUGUAAGUUAUUUACUUUUGGGGGCUAUUUAUUUUCCUCUUAGUAAGACCUCAUUCAUGUGUCUUCAUCUGUUGAGGCAAAGCCUAACUCUUUCAGGUUCAGUUGGGGAAAUACACCUAGUAGUUUUGUAGUAGUGCACUUUAUGAUAUGUAAACUUGAUCUUUGUACAGCCGCUGCAUCCUGAACUUAUAGUCCAUACUGUUAUGACGGUUUACAGAUCCCAAAGCAAAUGUAUAUUAACAGAUGUAAUAUAUGUUAUAACCGUGUUUUGUACUGUUCUGUAUUUAGCAUUGUGGAAAUGAAGGGCACAUAAAUGUAUUUACAUGUAUUGACACUCACUGUUUUCUCUAUAAGCUCAGUUCAUGUGAACAUCUACGGGCAAGAAAUGAGCUCAAACUGUUUACACAAAUUUAAAUGUGAAUAAAAAUGUGAAUAAAAUAUUACAAGUCCUACAGUGAUCU